UGGUUUCGGGUAGACCCAGAACCCGUACCGGAACUGGGAGAGCACCGUGCCGGGUCCACCAGGAUGCAAUUGCGCCCGCGCCCACCAGCGCACCAAGGACUCCCUCAGCCUUAUCCCACCCCUCACCAACUACCAACCACCUCCACCGCCACCAAUCCACCACCUACCCCAUCAACAAAACCACUUCCCCCUUCCCCAGAACCACCCCUCCAUCAACAGCAAAUCCAUGGACAACCCAUCCUCACCACUACUCCUUCCCCCAUCAAAUCUAACCCAGCCCACUGCCACCGCCAUCACCACCUCAAACCUUCCUUCCCCGGAUAUCAAACCCAAGCUCGAAUUAAUCCCCGCAUUUAACCCUAAUCCUAAUUCCAAUUCCAACAGUCACACCCCAACAUCACCCCCCAAGAAAACCCAACCUCUCCCCUGGACCCACCAGGAAACCAUCUGCCUUAUCCAAGCCUACCAAGAAAAAUGGUACUCUCUCAAAAAAGGCCAGCUCAAAGCUAGCCAAUGGGAGGAAGUUUCCAUCACCGUUGCCGCCCGCUGCGGCUACGAUGUCCCCUCCAAAUCCGCCACCCAAUGCCGUCAUAAGAUUGAAAAACUCCGAAAAAGAUACCGGGCCGAGCGGCUUAAGCCUUACCCCAAUUCUUGGCAGUAUUUUGAGCUCAUGGACCGCAUGGAGCGUGGGCCUUUGCCCAUUUCGGCCGCGCGCCCCGUUGCCGCUGUUAAGUAUCAAAAGAACGCGAAUUCUGUUGGCGGUGGUGGUAAUUAUGACGAGAGUGAUAGUGAGGAGGGCGGAGGUCAUUAUGGUGGCCUUGAGGUUAAGAAAAAUAAGUUGAAGAGCAUAAAUAACAUAGUUAGAGGAGGCGAAAUUGGUGUGAGUGGUAGUAGUAGUAGCAAUAGAAAUGUGAAUAGAAUGGGAAUGAAUAGGAAUUUUGGUGGUGUUGGUGAGAGUGCGAGAGUUUUAAGAGGACUGAGAACUCCCAUGAAUCAGAAGCGGAAAGGGUACUUUCAGAAUGACGAAAGCGAUGAGGAAGAUGAGGAGGAGAGGGAUGAGGAGGAAGGGCUGGAAGAAGAGCAAGAGGAGGACAAAGAAGUGGUUGUGGGGAGGGAACUAGCAUCAGAAAUAAGGGGUUUUGCUGACAGGUUUAUGAGAAUGGAGAAUAAGAAGAUUGAGAUGAUGAGAGAGACUGAGAGAUAUAGGAUGGAGAUGGAGAAGAAGAGAAUGGAUAUGAUUCUUGAAGCUCAGAGGAAGGUUGUGGAUACAAUUGGGAGGGCUUUUGGAGCUGAUAAGAAAGUGAAGAUGGCUCAUGAAAAUUGAAGGGUUCAUGUGCUGACUACUGGGGUUUCCUUCCUUAGACCUGAAUUUUUUUUUUUUUAUCUUUUUAUCUUUUUGUUUUUUAAAUUCUCUGUGGUAUUAAAUAGUAUUGUUUUUUUUUUCCCCUUCUUUUCAUCCUGAUGAUGUGCCUUAGAAUCUUAUCAGUUUGUGUACAGACUAGAUUGGAAGUAAUAGUUCUGAAUCGUAAUUUAGUA